AUGUCCACCGUCACUAGAAACGGUAACAGUUUGGUGAUGUUUGGUGGUAAAAAUGCAACAGACUUAUACGCAAACGAUCUUUAUCAAGUAACUCAAACCCCAGAAACAAUUAAUUGGAAAAUUCUUGAACAAAAUAACCCACCCCCUGGUACCUUGUAUGGCCAAGCAGUUAUUACCAAUAACAACAACAAUAUGUACCUCCUUGGAGGCUCGACAAGCGCAAGUAGUACUCAGAUGCCUGCUUUGCAGAGUUAUCAAUAUUCUUUCGAGUCAAAUACCUGGACAGCUUCUCCUAAUAACUCGCUCGUCAUAACAAAUACCACCCUGUUUCCUUACAACAGAAAGCUUCAUACCGCCACCUAUGAUAACCAGAACGGCAUUUACAUUUUUGGGGGGGCUUUUAAUGGCAGCAUAAUAUUUAACGACUUUUUCUAUUUGGAUAUCACGACUCAACAAUACACCAGAUUACCCACCACUGGUAUCCCGCAGUACGGUCACACCGCUUCUCUACUCAGCAAUGGCAAACUUGUCAUUAUUGGUGGUGUAGUCGAAGACCCUGACGGCGACAGAAUAUUGCAAUCUAUGUCGAGUGUAUUUGUAUUCGAUACAAAAUCACGUACCUGGGAAAAUGUCAAUGUUACUAGGCAGGGUUUUAUUCCAUCCGCGAGAACGUCUCAUUCAGCUAUAGUUACUUCGGACGACAGAAUCAUCAUCUUUGGUGGUAGUAAUGAAAGUAUUGAAAGACAAAGUAUGUAUUUGAAUGCGAUUGGUAUUUUAGACACAAAAAACUGGACAUGGAGUACACCUGAUGCUUCUGGUAUUCCUCCUUUCAGACGUUCUAGUGCUUCUGCUGGUCUUUUAAAUGGAAACUACUUGACUGUUGCAUUUGGUGCAUCAAGGAAUCUUUUUUUCAAUGAUAUUAAUAUAUAUGACAUUACCCACCGCAAAUGGCUUCAGUCUUUUGCUCCCGAAGAUAAUUACGGCUUUCGGUUGACAGGUGGCGCAAUCGCUGGUAUAACGGUGGCCUGUAUCGUUUUUCUCGUCAUCAUCUUUAUUUUAAUAAGAACAUUUCAACGUUGGAUCAGAUGGAUUGUCAGAGGUCUUUAUAGUAGUAUCUGGAAGCCGCGUUAUGGUGAACCCACUUGGGCAGAGACUACCCGAAUCGUUUUACAAGUCAUCCUAUUCUUCAUUUUUUCUGCUUUUCUCGUAUUCAUUCUUCUUCAAGCUAUCAACAGCCCAAACAUCACUCAAACGAUUGAAAAACCUGUUACGUCCGUCCAAGUCCCGGAUGUACGUUUCUGUUUCGACGGAUUUCCUCCCUAUAAUUCAACCGACAUUAGAAUGCCUGGCGUCACUUGUAUGACGGAUAUUGGUUAUCCGUGUACUGAAUAUGUUCGUCCAUUGAAUAUGUCUAUUUUUCAGCCUACUUUUGCUGAUAGUUUUGGUUCAGUUAAUUGCUUUCUUUUCAGAUCGCCUACUGAUUUCUUUCUUACAUCUACUUUGGGUCAGAACAAUGGGUCCAGGCUAUUAUUUAACUUCUGGGGAGAUCAAACAAUCGAGCAUGGAAGUAUACAUGUAUCCAUUUAUCCAAAGACAAUGAACCCGAACACCGUCAUGUAUAACAUCUUGGAUGGACCCGCCACAUUAAUGACGAGUAUUUCGGAUUGGAUAAACAACGAAAUAAGUGAUAUUCAAGCAACCAAUGUCUUUGAUAUUCAACCUUUUAGCUACAGUUCUAUCUCUUACAACUUAGUCGAUCAUACACAUUUACAAUCUGUAGGUUGGAAUUAUAUUGGAUUCUCACCCGUUUUAAAUUCGACACCUGAAGUGGUCUCUAAUUUCCGUCAAGAAGCGCCCAAUUCUCAAUACCCUAUAGGUCAUCCCGAUAUUGGCUUCAUUGCCAUAUUUCCUGAGGCAUUUGUCGAUACGAUUAAGCGAGAAGUCAAAGUUUAUACUUUGGUCAAUGCCCUUGGUUUUGUGGGUGGUACACUUGGUCUGUUAAUUGCUGUUCAAACAUGGCUGAUUGGUUUCCGCCCUAGAUCUCCUUGGGGUGUGGUUCAUCGAUGGAGUAUGGGUGACAUGAAACGCUCAUUGUUGAUUAAUCUUCGAUCCAAAUUUCGAAUCACGGACUCGGGUGUUCCUCUAGUGCAUCCUGUGAGUAACCGGUAUAGCAUUAAUGAAUUUAUGGGUAUGCAAUAUGCGACAGAAGCUCAACGAAUUCAUCGUGUAGAAGAGCGUAUACAAACGUUGGAAUUGAUGUUUAAAGCCUAUUAUGUGGAUGACGAAAUUUUUAGAUCGUUGAAUGAUGCAAAUGAAGCAGGAGAAGUGAAUCCUACGAGGGAUGUGAGAGUGGGUGGUAGUCAUAGUGUGAACGAUAGUGGUCAAUUUCCACCCUUUAGUUCUUUACAAGCAUCGCCAAGAGCCCAAAACAUGAUUGACGAUGAAAUGUUGACUCGUACAAGUAGUGUGAGAAAAUCUCAUCCUGAUCACUUUCUUCAGGAGUUCUCAAGACAUGAUACCGGUCAAAGUGGAUCAUCUGAUAUUCCUUUAAUUCAUAUACAACACCCAGAUGCACCCCCUCGUCAGCUAAAUACAUCUGUGCAAAACAACGAUUUAUAA